AUGAGUGAUCCAAUCGAAAUUCUAGAGGGUGGCCAAGAAUCUCAGGAGGUCCAGAAACUGACCAAGAAACAGCGGAAGGCACUGGAGUUCAAGGCAAAGACGUCUGAAAAGUCGCAGAAGGAGCUGGAGAAGAUCCAGAAGCACGAGGAAGAACUAAAGGCGCAAGAAGAGGCGAAUAAGCCCAAAAAGAGAAAGACGAGGCGUGGUAAGAAGGGUAGAGGCUCUGUGUCGAAAGAAGGCCCCAGGUUCAUUCUCUUUGUGGGAAACUUGCCGUAUGGGGUUACACAGACAGAGCUGGUGUCACACUUCAAAACAUCCAGUCCGGACAAUAUAAGGAUGAGACCUGAGAAGGGUAUAGCGUUUCUGGAAUUUUCUAAUGAAAACACAGAUAUACAGACCAAGAUCAACGUGGCGUUGAAACAGCAUCAUACGUUACUGAAAGGCCGCAAAAUCAACGUGGAGCUGACAGCUGGUGGUGGUGGAAAUUCCAAGGACAGACUGGAGAAAAUCAAAGGAAAGAACGAGAAACUUUUUGAAGAGAGAAGGAGUCGUAUUUUGGAGGGAGAGCACAAGACUCGUGAAAAGAGGGUGGUUCCAGGUGAUGAUGCAAAGUCAAGUGUUACAUCUGGUGGUAUGCAUCCGGACAGAGCGAAGCUGAUGAAGUAA